AGAAAAGCUAAUUGGUACAGAAAUCAAUCGACACUUAAACUACUGACUAAAGGAUUUGUGUGAUUAUCAUAAACUACAAUUAAUGAUUGGAUUGUAAAAUUAUUGUUGGUAUUUUGUGUACUGUUUUAAUUUGACGAUCAAAAUGGCAAUUAAAAACAGAGUUGUAUUUUAAUAUAUUAAUCUUGUUGUUGGGCAUGUGACACACAUUACUCCUUUCAACUAAUAUCCUGCUGGAUUAUAAAUUCUCAUAUUUUUUGCAAAACAAUUGACCCAGCUGAAAAAAGUGGACGCGCAUAAAUUCGAUAAGCCUUAACAUGGCAUUUCGCUCGCGAUCCGAAAAUGUUUCCACGGAUCAAGCCGAGGUGGAAAUGGGAUCUCCUUCGUCAUCAUCGCCAAUUUGCACAACAAUUUUGCCCAGAAAAUUAAGGUUCGCUUCUCCCAGUCGCGAGGAAGACGAUGAAGUUAAUGGAAGUCCAGUAUUUUCUAAACAAAAUAGAGGAGUCAGUGAAAACAUGGGACUCUGUGACAAAACUCCAACAACAAUGUCCAUUUCGCCUCCAUACCGAAAGGUGCGUGCUUUGCGUCUUUUUGAUACACCAGCAACCCCAAAAACAAUUUUGGAGAAAUCAUCGGUUAAGUGCUUGAACCAUUUAUCUGCUGUGGCUGCAUCAGAUAUUGCAAGAAGGCAAGAAUCUCUAUUUCUCAAAACAGCCGAAAGGCCUCGACCAAUACCAUUGCACAACCGCGCCCUGGACAAUAUCAUGCAACAGCAGACAGCUAAUGUUAACCCUUUUACACCAGAUAGUCUCCUAGCACAUAAUAAGAAACGUUGUCGUACUCAAUUCGGUCGUGAAAACCUUAGCAAUCGUUCAUUGCAAAUGUUUCUAAAUAGUGAUGACGAUGUAGUUAACGAUAGUGAGCAGUCCGCAGAAAUGCAAGCCCCAAAAAGAUUAGCCCUGCAGGACACUAACAUCAGUAGAUAUAAAAAGGAGUUUAUUGAAUUAUCAGUUAUUGGAAUCGGAGAAUUCGGAAUGGUGUAUCAAUGUUUGAAUCGACUGGACGGUUGUAUUUAUGCUAUUAAAAAGAGCAUAAAACCUGUGGCUGGAAGUUCUUUUGAAAAGCAAGCCCUCAACGAGGUAUGGGCUCACGCAGUUUUGGGAAAGCAUGAUAAUGUUGUACGUUAUUAUUCGGCUUGGGCAGAAGAUAAUCAUAUGCUUAUACAAAAUGAGUAUUGCAAUGGCGGUAGUCUGCAAUCCUUACUUCAGAAACGAUUUUUAGUUGAAUCAGAACUAAGAAUACUUCUUUUGCACGUAGCGGAAGGAUUGCGUUACAUACAUUCCAAUGAUUUAGUCCACAUGGAUUUAAAGGCGGGAAAUAUUUUCCUAACAAAAGUUCCUUCGCUACACAAGACGGUAAUGCCUCCACUCACCAAAGAAUGUUAUGAGACGGGAAUGGAUGGAAUUUACGAAGAAUUAAGUAAUUCUGAAUGGCUAAUAACAUACAAAAUAGGUGAUUUGGGGCAUGUGACUUCAGUUAACGAACCUUGCGUUGAAGAAGGUGACUGCCGUUAUCUCCCAAAAGAAAUACUCGACGAUGAUUUCUCAAAUUUGUUUAAAGCUGAUAUAUUUUCACUGGGCUUAACGCUCUACGAAGCUGCCGGCGGUGGCCCUCUGCCGAAAAACGGACCAGAGUGGCAUAAUUUAAGAGACAACAAUGUUCCCGAUAUCCCAACACUUAGUCGAGAGUUUAAUGACCUUAUAAAACUUAUGACCCACUCCGAUCCGAAACAGAGACCAUCUUCCACUUCAAUAUUCAAUCAUCCAGUAUUAAAUUCAUUGGAAUCAAAGAGCAAAGCUCAACUUAGUCAGGAAUUAUUAAUCGAGAAACGUAAAAAUGAAAUCCUUUUACGAAAGCUAAGAGAGGCGCGUAAAACUAUUAAAGCCUAUGAACAAAAUGCAAAAGGGCCAUCAUUUGACCUCAAUAGUCCUCAUAGGCUGUCGGAUCAACGCUGUCUCCGUUCCCUUACACGAAAAAAACCCAGCCCACCCAGUCUUAACACAAAAUUGAAAAGUUUACGAGACAGGAACAAAAAUGUUAUUAACAACUUUAAAUAUUGACUUAGCAUUGAUUUGGUUUCCCUUAAUCUGUAUUCGCGAAUUUUCAAUGACUUUAACUCUUAUCCCUUUUAAUGAGGGUACUUAUUAACAAGGUGAACACUAUUUUGAGAUUAAAAAUUUGUACAGUAAUGCACUGAGUGAGUUUUUGUUAACUGUGAGUUUUUCAUGGUGUAUGUUUAUAAUAUUUAAUGUAUUUUUAGCUUUCGAACAUUCAAAGAAAUAGUCUUGAUUUCUUUCUUUUAAUUUUGUUUUAUAGUAUUAUGACCAUUUAAAUGUAUUUGGCUUGGUUACGAACUGAAUUCCAAUGAAAACGAAUAUAAAAUAUUUACAAGCUCUGCACUCCAUUAAAUAACAAUAUGUAUGUAUUUAUUUUGCUCUAGAAAUACUUGAUUUGUUGUAUAACAAAAAAAUAUUUACAUACUACUACUAAUUAUACAAUCGAGUAUUCUCGCCUCUUUUAUACACCUACGACUGUUGUUAUAUUUGAA